UUAAAAAUGGCAAUUUAUGAGAAAAUAUUUAAUUUAUUUAAACUCCAUAUUAAUGAUGAUUGCGACAAAGAUACUACACGGAAAUUGCUUUCGCCAAUACUUAUGUUUAUGGAUCUUUAUGAAAAAGAACGAACCGCAGAUCUUAUACAUGAAAUUUUUCAACAGGCCUGUGUUGAGUUUCAGUGGUUCUACUGGACUUCGGACGAAUAUUAUGGUGGAGUAGGCGAGUGGAGAGAAUUUCCACCGGUUUGCAUUUCGCAGCUUAACAAGGCUGUUCGUGAGAAAAAGACUAGUGUUCAGGUUUUUACUAAUAUUGAUUCUUUUGUCAAUAAACAUCAAGUUCGCAUUAAGCUUUUUAAAAAUUUUUACUUUAGAUUGUUCUUUCACAACGUCACUAUGUAG